AUGUCUUGGGAGAAUGUAUGCCUUGCGUUCGAUACUCUCUUUAUCAAUUGGGAUCCCUCUAUCUUUCCCCAUCGUACGGUCUUGCAAGGUGCCUGGGAUGUAUCUGACUCGGCCGUACGUCUAGAUGCGGGCAAUGCUGUCCAGACAGAUCAAUACCAUGUUACUAUUCAAGCGCCAGGCUCUACGCGCGUAUGGUUUCACCUGGAACGCCAUAUCUACGAGUGCAAUGACAAGUCGUACAUUGCAGUUCAUGCUUUUCCUGCACAAGAGCAGCAACGGCGUGCCAAUGUCGAUCAUGGUGGACUGAUGGGCGUGUAUGUAAAUGUGGCACAUACAUUGCUUUGCCUGGACGACCCAUGCAGUUCGCAAUAUACCCUGGCUAUAUCGCGACAUGGGUCCGCGAAGCGCUCCCCUUAUACCUUGCGUGUGUAUUCCGAUAAACCUGUCGAUGUCCAGACCCUACCGCGUACGCUGCCACAUCGUUCCAUUGUCAAGGGAUCAUGGCGUGGGCGAUCUAUCGGUGGGCCGCCUUCUUCACCACAUUUCAGACACAAUCCCCAAUUUCGUGUUACCGUCCAUGAAGGAGCUUUGCUUCCACGCAUUAUCUCGAUGAUCACGACGAUUUCCACACUUUCAGUCCAGGCCACAUUGGCCAAAGGCGGCGAGCGUGUACUAUCAUUGGACGAUGCAUCUAUCAUUGCGUCCAGUGGCGCCUAUUCGCGUGGCAUUGCACUAUGUGAUGCACUUGCUUUGCAGCCUGGUGUCUAUACAUUGGUCGUAUCCAGCCAGGAGAUGGUAGCGACGGACUUUUCUCUCGUCCUGGAAGGCAACGUUCGUACCGAGAUUGUGCCAUUGCCAGAAGAGGGCGCUGGACAGUACCGCCGUUCUGAUGUGCGCUCCCUACCAUGCACAUGGGUUUUGACUUUACCACGAGCCAUGAAAGUCUUGGUAUGUGCAUCUCAAGCGCCUACACCUCUUUCUACCGCGCCCCUGUCUAUAAGCCUUUUAGACGGUGACCGUUGCUUGACGGAGCAAUCGGUCCCUGGAUCGGUGGCCUGUGCUAUCCUUCGUACGGAGGAGCUGUCUGCAGGAACCUACACUGUGCGCAUCGGUGGCCCUAUGCACUGGCCCGUGUACUUGGACGUGUAUGGCAUGCAGCCUGUGCAUCUCUCCACAGUUUAA